UUGGAGAUUCUGGUGGGACCCACUCACUCCCUCCUCACUCCUCCAGUCCUCCCCGCCAGAAAGAAUCUAAAACAGUCGGCCAUAACCAACCAAAAAGUUUCUCGCUCCGGCGAAGAACGACGAUUCUUCUUCUCCCCGUCUUCGAUUUCGGUCGAAGGGAUGGAAUCCGUCUGCCGGGCAGCCCAAUUCUCUUCCAAACCCACUUCUCCGACGAUCCUGCUUUCUCUACAAACCAAGCAUCUGAUCAGGGCCCAAAAGGGUUGGGCCCGUAGCUUUCCCGCCUCCCCACGCCGCGCAUCCCCCAAUCGAACGGUAGUAGCAGCGUCGUACGGCAACAACAACAGAGAUCAUGACGCCGUACGUGAGCGGAAUUCGAUCGGGAAAACCGUGGUGGCUGUCUCCGCCGCCGUAGCUGCUCUCGUCUCCGUCUAUUUCUCCGACCCGCCUCCGUCUUUUGCUGAAUCCCUCACGGUGGCUUUCCCUGUCUCUCGCGCUCGUGAGGUGAAUACAGUUCAAAGAACGCUUGUGGAGGCAUGGGGUCUGAUCAGAGAGACGUUCGUAGAUCCAACUUUCAAUCAUCAAGAUUGGGAUUCAAAGUUGCAGCAAACUAUGGUGGAGAUGUUUCCUCUUAGCUCAUCUGAUGCUGCUUAUAAUAAGAUAAGGGGAAUGCUAUCAACCCUUGGGGAUCCCUUUACUCGGAUUAUCAGUCCAAAGGAAUACCAAAGUUUUAGAAUCGGCAGUGAUGGGAACUUGCAAGGUGUUGGCGUGUUUAUCAAUUUGGAACCAAGAACAGGCCGUUUGGUGGUUUUGUCUUGCAUAGAGGGAGGGCCAGCUGCUCGUGCUGGGGUACAGGAAGGAGAUCAACUGAUUGAGAUUGAUGGUCAGCGGUUGGAUGGUAUUGACAGCGAGGUGGCAGCCCAAAAGCUAAGAGGACGAGUUGGGACAUCAGUAACUAUGAAACUCAGCGUAACUAUCCAGCCUCUUACUUGUCCUCCAUGAAAGCACCUUUAUUCAGUGAAGUUAAUAUCUGUGUACUGCACAGAUGUUUCCUGAUUUAAACGAUUCCUGACCUGCAAACUGGAAUUGAAGUCUCCUUUUUGUUUCCUGUUCCUGAUCUGCAUGCUCAUUUAAUUUUGGGCUAUUGUAGCCUGAAUUCCAAUUUUCAAGCUAAUACCACUAGAUCUAAAGAUUCAUUGCAAGUAACAGAUUCAAGCAAAUUAAUGGCACUUGUUACUCUUUGCUACCAAAUGACAAAGAAUCAGCGAAGUGCUUAAUGCCUGAUCUGUAUCUAUUUCUGCAGAGCAAAGACUCAGGCAGUGACUCUAGCACCAGAGAGGUGUCAUAGUUGAUUAUCGGACAUCUUUAAGAAGAGUCUGAAUCUUCUUGCAGGUCAAAUUAUCUCGAGAGUACAUCAGACUUUCACCAAUAUCCAGUGCCAUCAUCCCUCACAGGACACCAGAUGGCCGUUUAGCGAAGACUGGCUACGUGAAGCUGUCAGCCUUCUCUCAGAGCGCUGCGACUGACAUGGCAAAUGCAAUUCAAGAGAUGGAACGUCAAGAUGUGCAAUCCUACAUUCUGGAUCUUCGCAAUAACCCAGGGGGUCUGGUGAAAGCAGGACUGGACGUGGCACAAAUGUGGCUCGACGGAGACGAGACACUAGUGAACACACUUGAUAGAGAAGGUAACAUGCAGCCGAUUAACAUGGUGGACGGCCAUGCCAUAACACACGAUCCCCUGGUUGUCCUGGUAGGGAACAAAAAUCCCAUUAACACCCCUUUCAAAUUGUUCUUAUUCUUAUUCCCACCCUUGUUUAAUACCACUAAAAAAAAUGAAUAUAUUCUGCCAGCAUUGAUCCUCCCCUCUCCACAAAAUGGCAUCUUUCUUUCCAUGUGCAACGGUUGCUGAACUCUCAACUUUUGUACUGAUUGGCGGGUCCAACCCGAACAAAACAGGUGAACGAGGGAAGUGCUAGCGCUAGUGAGAUAUUAGCUGGAGCUUUGCAUGACAACGGGCGAGCCAUCCUUGUCGGCCACAAAACCUUUGGCAAGGGCAAAAUUCAGAGUGUGACGGAAUUGCACGACGGCUCAGCCCUGUUUGUGACGGUGGCCAAGUACCUGUCGCCGGCGCUUCACGAUAUAGACCAGGUCGGGAUAACGCCUGAUGUCCAGUGCACGACGGAAGAUGUGCUGAGGGAGUAUUAUUCAUCACAGUUGAAGAACAACAACAAGAACAGCAAAGAAUACGCCUCCUUGGAAGCCGAUUCGUGUAUCAUGGUCGCUGAACAUGAACUGGACAUUCAGGAGUCGCGAGGCACAGCUUCGUGAACAAUCUCAAAGAACAAAACUGACUCAAUCCCACUCAAUUGCGCUAGCUUUUCCAGAAUCAAGUGGUGAAUCGCCAACACUGAUCGGCCUGAAUUAAAAUUGGAUCGCUGUUGUAUAUUGUAGAUAGAUAGUUUCUUCUGUAAUUAAGUGUAAAGAUGAUAGGAUUCCAAGGGUCUCACAAGGGCACUUCGUCAUCCGCGUGUAAAAAUUAAGCACAUACCGCCAUUGAUGAAUUGUAAGAAAGCAUAGAAACACCAGCAUGGAUAAUAUAAAAGGGUAUUAUUAUACAAUGAAUGGAUAUCUCGAUAUAUAAUAUGUAUAUAAAUAGGUCAAUGAAUUCGAUACAAAUCGUCUCCACCUUCAAACAUCCCACAUAAUCAACCAGCUAGUACAGUAAACCAAACCCAAAUCUGGAACUAAAUAAAAAAACCCAAAACGAAGGAAGAGAGACGGAGAUAAAAUGAGAAGCAGCAGAGGAAGUAAGCGCCGCAAAAUUCACAAGGGGGGAGAGACCCAAUGAGGAGAACGAAAUCCUCUUUACAUCUUCAACAGACCCAUGAGAGACACGACGACAGAGACGGCGACGAAAGCGCCGGAGGCGGGAACGGAGAACCCAGCGCCGGUCACCUGCGAGGGCGAGGGAGCCGGGGCCAUUUCCUGGGCGGAGACGAUGGUCGCCAGGGAUGCGACCAGCAGGAGCAUGGAGAGGGCAGCUGCCUUCGAGAAGCUAACUUGGGCCAUUGUUGGAAUUGCUUGAAGGAAAAGAGCUGAACGAGUAUUUAGGGUUUGAAAGGCUCUGUGGGUAGAGAGAUGAGGAGCAGAGAAAGCAGAGAAUGGAGCUCUGAUAUUUUGUGUGGCGGUGGUGGUGGGAUGGAAGAGGGUAAUAAGAGCG